GGGGAGGUGCGGGGCGGGGGGUGCCCACCUUCUUAAGUCGUUUCCCACCAUCGGACAUGGCUGAAAACAAGCCAACAGACAUCAACAAGGAUUUCCGAAUUUUGGCCUCCUCCGAUAACAAAGACGAUGGCGGCAAGAAGCAGUUAGUCCCCAAAAGAAGUUCCAACAAGGACAGGCAUAAAAAAGUGGACGGCAGAGGCAGGAGAAUUCGGAUGCCAGCUCUUUGUGCUGCCAGAAUUUUCCAAUUGACGCGAGAGUUGGGCCAUAAAACUGACGGCGAGACUAUCCAGUGGUUGUUACAGCAGGCCGAGCCCUCAAUUAUCGCCGCCACCGGUACAGGGACCAUCCCAGCUUCAGCUCUUGCAACUGCAGCUUCAGGGUCGUCUGUUUCUGAACAGGGGAACUCUGUUGCCACCGGUCUGCAUCAUCCCAAGUUUGAUGAAGUUGGGCCAGGGAUGGGGAUUAGGAUGAAUUGGGCUGCGCUGGGUGGAAAUAUCGGUAGAUCCCCUCACGUCCCUGCUGCUGCCUGGCCUUCUGUUGCAGCUGGUUUUGGGUCUGGUUUUCUGCAUAAUUCUACCCUCCUGAGCUCAAAUUCUGUGAACCAGAAUUUGAACUCCGGGCCUAAGUUCGGGUUUCAAGGCCUAGAGUUUCCGAGUUCGGCAGGUUUUGGUCAGCAACUCCCAGGUUUGGAGCUUGGACUUUCUCAAGACGGUCAUAUGGGAUCCCUGAACUUCCAAGCCUUACAACAAUUCUACCAGCAGAUAGGGCAAAGCGGAGACGGAGCCGGUUCCGGUUCGGCAAAUAAUCAGCAACAGCAUCAUCCUCCUCCUGCUGCUGGGGGUGAUGACUCCCAAGGAUCGAGACAGUAGUAGCAGCCGCUAUCUAGAACAUCGGGAUGCUUUGUCGAGAUUCAGUUUAACUAUGAGUAGCAUUAGAAGGAGAGCUGAGUGAUCUCUGAUGGUUUUCCCCCUCUUUUUUUUUAUAGUGCAAAAUGAGAUUGUUUGAAGGUUAGUGACGUCAUGGAAUCCAUUCUCGCCGGAAUGGAUGUCGUCGCCCUGCCUGAUUGAACGUGGCUGCAAGGGCCUGCUCUUUAUUCUGCUGCACAGCUCAUCCCAGUAUCCUCAUAUAGGCUGGACUAAAGAGAGCCGAAGAUGCCAUAAAAGGUUGCUUGUGAUUUUUGUUAUAUCAGUUUGAGGUGUGUUUUAAUUUACAGACAAUUAACUACGCAGGCAUAUAUAGUGGUUUGAUGUUGUUGCAACUAAAUGAAAUGAGCGGCAAUUUGCCUUCUUUACCUGUAAUCUUUUGAGAGUUUCUUUAUCACACUCAUACAUUGGUUAGGAUCAGCAAAGGAACUAGGUAAUGCUAUGUUGCAAGAUGUUUCUUUGAAUUGUCAAAGGUAUCAGAACUGGUAAUUUACAAGAGGUACAAAGCUUUUUCUUUUU